AUGGUUUUAUCAACUCGUACAUGUGUAUUUAUAACUACUGUGACUAUAUCAUUUCUAUUAAUAUCAUUAUUUAUUUAUACUCACAACGACUAUCAACAAGAAUACAAACUAAUUACACAGAUUCUUCUCUCAAAUGGAACAAAAAUAUUUGUUAACAGUGAUAAAUCAAAUGAACAAUCCAAACAACAACUUGCUCAAGAUUGGCAUGAUAAAAUAAAAGAUAAACUACACGAUAGUACAAACUUUGGCUUUAUUCAUGCAUUUCUAGCAUCGUUAUCUGUUAUCAUGGUAAGCGAAUUAGGUGAUAAAACAUUCUUUAUUGCUGCCAUAAUGGCCAUGAGACAUGCACGUUUAGUUAUCUAUAGUGGUGCCAUGGGAGCUCUAGUAUUCAUGACCAUUUUAUCGGCAUUAUUAGGAAAUAUUGUGUCUAAAUUUAUAGCACGAAUCUAUACAUAUUACAUAUCAAGUAUCUUAUUUAUGUGCUUUGGUAUUAAAAUGGUAAGAGAUGGUUACCUAAUGUCAUCAGACGAAGGAACACAAGAAUAUGAAGAAGUACAACACGAUAUUGAAAAAGCAGAAGCCACCAUUGAUCUGGAAUUAGGUGGUUUGACGUUAAUAAGUAAUGGAACUUCCUCACAACAACGAUCAGUAUCGAAACAAAUACUUAUAACUGCAUUUAUUCGGCGUUAUAUUUCUCCGAUCUUCGUGCAAGCAUUUAUAAUGACAUUUCUAGCUGAGUGGGGUGAUCGAUCUCAAAUAACAACAAUUGUGUUAGCAACCAGUAAAAAUUUAUUUGGCGUUAUUAUCGGUGGAACUCUGGGUCACGGUCUUUGUACAGGAAUUGCUGUUUUAGGAGGUCGAUUUAUAGCUCAACAGAUAUCGCCAAAAACUGUGACACUAGUCGGUGGCGUUGUUUUUCUAUGUUUUGCGCUCUCGGCUAUUUUUAUCCGUCCCGAUAAGUAA